AUGACUGUUAUGGAUGGGUGGCAGUUUCAAUGUGCUAAUACAACGUGUUUAUCAUAUUUUACAAUCACUACAUCCGAUAUUUUGCAGUGUCAAGUUACUUGUCUGGGACAAACUCAAUGCCAAGCUGUUAGCUUUCGUCAAUCUACUUCUCACUGUCAAUUGUUCACUAACGGUGUGAAUCAAAGCUACAAUUUAGAAGAAGUUGUAGGCGUUGUUACUAUGAUAGUGAUUUCUGACACAAGAACGGCAUUUGAAUCUAUUACAACAUCCACUUCGUUAUCAUCAAUCUCAACGGCACUGACUUCAACAGCUUCAUCGUCAUCACCAGCCUCGAUCUCAACAGCUUCGUUAUCAUCAUCGUCAACGAAGGCAAUAACAACAACAACAACAACCACACCAUCAUCAUCACCAGCCUCGAUCUCAACAGCUUCGUCAUCAUCAUUGUCAACGAAGGCAAUCACGACAACAACUUCGACAAUAUCACUACUCGCCAACGAUUGUAGAAGCUUGUAUCUCAGUUUGGUUACUUUUGCCACUGGAAGCGGGCCACAGUCAGUAGCACUUAGUGAUGUAAAUAACGACAGCAAACCGGAUAUAAUUACAGCCAACUAUGGUGGAAACACAGUUAGCGUUCUUCUCAACCAAGGCAACAUCACGUUUUCUCCUCAAAUUAUCUAUUCAACUGACAGUAAUCCACGAUCAGUGGCAGUCGUUGACAUCAACGCAGAUACAAAGCCUGACAUAAUUACAGUAAACGGUGGUGCAAACACAAUUAGCGUAUUUCGUAAUAACGGGAACGGUACAUUUUCUUCUCAGACCACCUAUGGAACUGGCGGUCAGCCAUAUUCAGUAGCAGUGGUCGACAUAAACUCAGACACAACACCUGACAUAGUCGUAGCAAACUAUGCUACAACUACGGUUAGUGUCCUUCUCAACAAAGGCAAUGGUUCAUUUUCUUCCCAAGUAACCUACGCAACUGACAGUUAUCCAAAAUCAGUGGCAGUUGUUGACGUAAAUUUCGAUAACAAACCUGAUAUAGUCACAGCAAACAGUGGUGCAAACACAGUUAGUGUUCUUCUAAAUAGAGGUAACGGCACAUUUUCCUCUCGAACUACUUAUACAACUGGCACACAACCGUGCUCAGUAGCAAUUGUUGACGUGAAUUUCGAUAACAAUCCUGACAUAGUCACAGCAAACAGUGGCGCAAACUCAGUUAGUGUUCUCCUCAAUAAAGGUAACGGCACAUUUUUCAAUCAAACUUCUUAUGCAACUGGCUCACAACCAUACUCGGUGGUAGUGAUGAACCUAAACAAUGAUAGUACUCCUGAUAUAGUCACGGCAAACAAUGGUGAAAGCACAAUUAGUAUUCUCCUAAACACAGGCAACGGCAUAUUUUCUUCUGAUAUUACCUAUGGAAGUGGCACUCAACCAUAUUCAGUAGCAGUGGCAGAUCUGGAUUCAGACAGCAAACCCGAUAUAGUUGCCACAAACGCAGUUUCAAGCACUGUUAGUAUUUUUCGAAAUGUAGAUAACGGCAUGUUUUCUUCUCAAAUGACCUUCACUACUGGCACCACUCCAAGAGGUUUAGCAGCAGCUGACAUAGACUUGGAUGGACAACUUGAUCUAGCUGUAGCAAACUCGGGUGAUAACACUGUCGGUAUUCUCUUCAAUCAAGGCAAUAGAGUAUUUUCUUCUCAAAUUACCUUCAUAGCUGGUUCCCAACCGUAUUCCGUAGCGCUUAUCGAUGUUAAUUCCGACAGUAAACCUGAUAUAGUUACAGCAAACAAUGGUGGAGCCUCGGUUAGUGUCCUGCUUAACAAAGGCAAUUACACAUUUUCUUCUCAAACUGCCUACACAACCGGCGCUGCUCCACAAUCAGUAUCAGUAGUAGAUGUUAGCUCUGAUAACAAACCUGAUAUAGUUUCUGCAAACAGUGGUGCAACCACAGUUAGUGUUCUUCUGAAUAGAGGAAAUGGCACAUUCUUUGCAGCAACUGCAUAUACAGUUGGGAAUACUCCACAAUCAGUGGCAGUUGUUGACGUGAAUUCUGACAGUAGACCUGAUAUUAUCACGGCAAACUAUGGAGGAAAAACAGUUAGCGUUCUGCUCAAUAAAGGCAAUGGCACGUUUUUCUCUCAAACUACUUAUACAACUGGCACACAACCGUACUCCGUAUCAGUCAUUGACCUGAAUCUCGAUAACAAUCCUGACAUAGUCACAGCAAACAGUGGUGCAAAUACAGUUAGUGUUCUCCUCAAUAAAGGUAACGGCACAUUUUUCAAUCAAACUUCUUAUGCAACUGGCACACAACCGUUCUCGGUGACAGUUAUAGACAUAAACUUUGAUAAUAAACCUGACAUAGCUACGGCAAACUAUGGUACAGGGACAGUUAGUGUUUUACUUAAUAAUGGUGAUGGCACAUUUUCUCCUCAAAUUACUUACGCGGCCGGAACUACACCAGGUGUCAUCAUAACCGCUGAUAUGAACUCUGAUAGCAAACCCGACUUGAUUAUGGCGACAUUUGGCACAAAUAAUGGUGGAAUUUUGUUUCACUGUUAA